AUGCUGAGAAUCAGAAAUACUCCAGGAAAUACUCCAAGUCUUGUUUCUGUUCCCAGGAUUACCAGUGGAGGGUUUCCGAGCAAGGAUCCAAUCACACCAGCUUUGAAGACACAAGUCCCAGGAAUGAGUGAAGAUGUUCAUCUCCGUCAUGGAACCUGUGACUUACAGGAGCUGAUUCUUUACUCACUGACCUUCAUCACAGCUGUGGUUGGAAUGGCAGGAAAUGCAGCUGUGAUCUGGCUCCUGGGCUUCCAGAUGCGCAGAAAUCCCAUCUCGGUCUACAUCUUAAAUCUGGCCGCCGCCGACUUCCUCUUCCUCUGCUUCAACAUUUUUAAUUCCAUACAAGAAAUCACAAGCCUUUUACCUUAUAUCCACAGCUAUCUCUUUAAUUUCUUCUUCUCUGGAUUCUUCUGCUCUUAUACUGCAAGCCUGAGCAUUCUCAGUGCGAUUAGCCUGGAGCGCUGCCUGUCUGUAGUGUGUCCUAUCUGGUACCGCUGCCGCCGCCCAAGACACACAUCGACGUUUGUGUGUAUGCUUAUCUGGGGACUGUCCCUGCUGCUGACCAUUUUAAGAAGUCAUCACUGUAUCAUCACGACCAGUCCUCAUCAUGUUAAUUGGUGUCUAAGAAUGCACUAUUUCAGUGCUGGGUAUCUGAUGCUCUUAUUUGUGAUUCUCUCAGGGUCCAGCCUGGCUCUGAUAGUUAAGAUGUUCUGUGGCUCUCGACGGAUGCCCAUGACCAGAUUGUACGUCACCCUCCUGCUCACAGUGCUGGUUUUCAUCUUCUGUGGCCUGCCCUAUGGAAUCCGCUACUUUCUAACGACCUGGUUUUAUAUUAAUGUCCGAGAUCACCCCUGCUUUUUUCUGUUUUUGUUUUUCCUCUCCUGUGUAAACAGCUGUGCCAACCCCAUCGUUUACUUCUUUGUUGGCUCCUUCAGACAUCGGCAGCGAAAGACUCUGAAGUGGUUCCUCCAGAGGGCUCUUCAGGACACUACUGAAGAGGAUGAAUGUGGAGGCAAUACUUCUCGGGGCCCCCUGGGGAUGUCAGGAAACAAGGAAGCAGAGCAGAGCAAUGAUUAA